GAAGGGGACACGGCAAGGAUUUAGAUAAGGAUUAUCGCUGUUAUAGCGGUUUCACGGCUAUGCAAAAUAAGAAACACCACGAGGAUUAGUGACACAUCAAGUGGAGCAAAACACCGAAACAGAGUGAGAAAGCGAGAUGCGGCUCGCCUCGGAUGAAAGAGAUGCUUGUUGCGACUGCUCAUGCUCGCGAAGAAUGUCUUAAAACACAAGAUAUCUGAAGCUUCGCGACACACGCGCAUCUUUGGUUUAACAGGCUGUAAUAUACUGUAUUCUUCAUUGACGGGGUUUAAGAAGGUUCCCUGAAGUCUUUGAGCCAUAAGAGCUCAGAGUAGAUCCUAGCACAAGUGCUUCUGUCAUCAAGGGAUGUAGCACCACAGUCGAGUCUUCGCUUAAUCCUUUCACAGGUAAACGGCAGGACGUUUUGGCGGAGGAUUUUCGUGCUCAAAGAGUUUUUAAACAGAAUGUGAAUAAGAAAUCAGCAGCAGAGCUUUCCGGAGAAUAAAGCUCCAAGAGUUGGUCCUUGCCGUUCUACCUCUUGUGGAACAAUGACAGCAUGAAACCAUAAAACCGAGGCUUUGCAUUUAUUAACCGGAAGGCAACAUGGCCAAACCUUUCUACAGGCUUCAGCGCUUCCUGCGACGGACUCAACUGCUCUUCUUGUUCCUCGGUGUAGCCUACAUCAUGGCAGGAAGCGUCCUCCUCCUCCAGAGACAUGGCUUGGUGGUGUCACAACGUGGGACGAGCAGUUACUUUCCAUCGCCAUCUUUGCCGUCUCCUCCCAGGUCCCUGGAAGCCCCUGCCCUACGAACGGUUUAUGGAAUAAUGGGCAACCGGCUUACCGUGAAGGGGAUGGGCUACCAAGGUGGUCUUUCGGCGGACAACACUGGACCGCAUUGGCUGAUCUCACGAAACCAGGAGAUCCGCCACUUGAGACGACGCUGGUUCCACAGCCUGAUGUCUGAACAGGAAAUGUCCAGAGUGGAAAAAGUAACCCCAAAGAGAAAAAUCAGACACAAAGGCACGUAUAUUGGCUGCUUUCUGGAUGAUGCUAAGGACCGGGCCCUCAAAGGAAUGGUGUUCUAUGACUUCAGGAGAAUGACCAGCACCUUGUGUCAGGACACCUGUACGGAAAGCGGGUACCAGUUUGCCGGCCUUGAAUAUGGGUCCGAGUGUUACUGUGGCAACCGCAUCACAAGUGCUCGGAUGAAAGAGGAGGAGUGUAAUUUGGACUGCAAAGGCGAGAAGGGCUCCAUCUGUGGAGGCGUGUCUCGUCUGACUGUUUACAAGGUGGAGGAGGUUCUUCCUGGCCAGAGGAGAUACAGAAACGUCCGCUAUCGGGGGUGCUUCAGAAAACCUGACGAGGCGGGAACGGCUUCUCUGGUCCAUGUGGUUCAGCCCAACCUCACCUCCCAGUGGUGCAUUGAAACCUGCAUGGAUCAGGAGUUUCCUCUGGCUAUGGUCAGUAAACCAGACUGUUACUGUGGCUACACCACCCCUCACUUCACCCUCCACGAGCCGGUGAGAGAAGAGCUCUGUGCCUCUGAUAACAGCAGUACAUCCACCCAGAGUUCCCAUCAUGUCUUUCUCCAGGUCUAUCAGACACCCGUUCAAGAUUCUAGAUGCACGGACAAGAAGUUUCUGCCGGAGAAGUCAAGCACGCUGGUGGCUUUAUCCAGUUUUCCCGGGGCUGGGAAUACCUGGGUCAGGCACCUGAUCGAGCUCGCCACAGGCUACUACACAGGCAGUUACUACUUUGAUGGCACCUUGUACAACAGAGGCUUCAAAGGUGAGAAAGAUUACUGGAAGAGCGGACGAACCAUCUGUGUGAAGACGCACGAAAGCAGCCAACGGGACGUGGAAAUGUAUGACUCAGCCAUCGUGUUGAUAAGAAACCCCUACCGCUCGCUUAUGGCCGAGUUUAACCGCAAGUGUGCCGGGCAUCUCGGUUACGCUUCUGAUCAACACUGGAAGAGCAAGGAGUGGCCAGAAUUCGUUGGUAGUUAUGCGUCCUGGUGGGUGUCUCACGUUUUGGACUGGCUACAUUAUGGUAACAAACUUCUUGUGGUGCAUUAUGAGGACCUCCAGGAGUCAUUGGUGCCCACGUUACGAACCAUCACUUCAUUUCUCAACAUCAGCGUCAGUGAAGAACGUCUACUUUGCGCUGAAUGCAACAAGGACGGUCACUUUAAACGCUCGGGUGCACGGCGACCCGCUUUUGACCCCUUCACCCGGGAUAUGAAACGGUUGAUUGAUGGUUACAUCACAGCUGUGGACCAGGCCCUCAGAGCCAGCAACUAUACGGGAUUACCACAAGAAUACCUGCCAAGAUGAUUGAACUAAAACAUAAAGGUUUCACAUUCAAGGCCAAGGGCCUGACACUGAUGCCUAGGACAACAUUUGGAGAUAUUUUACAUCUUCAAAUGGAUUUCCUCCGAAAUAAUGGAGAAGAAGAAUAGCAUCUGAUGCUGUUCUUCAGUUUGUAAAGGUACAAGUUGUAAGUUUAAUGAUUUUGAAGAUUAGAUCUAACAAUGAAACGCUUCAACUUCAAGGCAGUAAGAAGUAUUGCCUAUAAACUGAAAGGACAUUUAUCCACAAUAACAAAAAAUGAUAUUUAAACACAAUAACACCAUUACCAUUUCACUACUAAUGUAGUGUCUAAUAUGUAGAAGCAGACUUUAACUCUAUUAUUGAAUUUGAAUCUAAGCCGUUAUUUCCCAGGGUGAUAUAAACACCAAGAUUUUGCAACCUAAAAACAUAGUGGAUGACAAGGAUGUCGGCACAUAUUGAGAAUCGGUGUCGAAUGUAAUGAUUUAAGAAUCAAUCACAGAAAAGCUACACCGUGGGACAUGUCUCACCCAAGGUGUAAACUCCUAAAGGAUGAUAAACAUAACACUCAGUAUUAGAAAAUGUCACAAUGAUCAAAACACAUUUUACUUGCUAGUUUCCUCCGAAGACCUAUGAAGGGUAACGUAGUAAAUGGACUUGGCAUACAUCAAAGUCAAACGGGAGGCAACUGUCCCCAUACUGCUUCCUUAAAACAUGAAAUAAAAGCUUGUAGUUGGACUAAACAAGACUUGCCUAGUGGAAUGAUGCUAGCCUGAUGCUAAUCCUGGAAGAGCUGAUUAGCACGCCGCCAGUCUGCUCCAGAUUGGUCUGGAUUAAGCGCCGGUAUAAUACCCCGUCACGCUCCGCCAAACUGGGAUGAGCUGUAAAUUCAGACAAUGUCGCUGUAGUGCUGGUGGCGGGGGUCCCACAGGGUUCUGCGGAGUGAUUCAAGCAGAUGCUAAAGAUCUAUCAGCUCUAUACAUCAUUUGAUGUAAAUGUUACGAAAUUCCACACGACUGUUGUUAUAGAGCUCGAGCCAUGGUCUAUUACUAUACCAGUCAUGCUUUCUUUCAUGUUUUAAUUUUUUGCUUGCAAAAAAGCGUAAACCCACGUUCACACAAAGUUAUCAUUCAUGGUACAGUGUAACGUCGAAGGUACAUUUCCCCCCAAAAUAAAAAUGAUGUCUUUAUUUAUUUAC